AAAUUACAAGGCUAAAAUGUUCUUUGAUGAAUGUUCAAGAUACUCAUACUGUGGAUCAUCUGAAGGAUCUAGAUGUUUUAUACACUCUACCUUUAUCUCAGAUACCAGAAUUCUGCAAGAUUCUGAAUUCUGCUAUUCUAAGUGAGACUGCGAUAGCAUUAUUUUUAAGUGCAAUUUUAAAUCUAGAGCAGCAGAUUAGCCUUGCCACUGCCAUUGCACUUAUUCAUCACAUUGUAUAUCCUAAAAUUGUUGGAAUGAAAAACUCUCGAAUUAUUUUAGCAUCAAUUUUAACAUUUUCAGAAGUUUAUCCAAAAGCUGUGAUAGAUGAAGUGAUUAUUCCUUCGUUAAAAAUUGAAUCAUUAGAAAAUCUGCAAUUAGAAAUGUUGUUUAAGAUGUCAAAGAAUAAUAUUCCAGAUGAUUGCAUCUCAUACUGUAUUAAGAAUAUCUUAGAACAUGCUCCAGCUGGAGAAAAUACAUUUUCUGUUCUGCAGUGUCUAAUAGAGAGGAAGAUGCAUCACGAGCAAAAUUUUUAUGACAUGCUUGCAUGGAAAAUUCAAAGUUGGGCACUAAAAUAUGACAGCAGUAUAAAAUUCAUUAAACUGCUGAUUAGUAUUUUAUCUGUCUAUGGAACAGAGCUUACAAGUCAGCAUGUUUUACUAUAUGAAGAUGUGAUAAAAUAUAAUAAAAGUAUAAUGAAGAAAGCUGCUGAAAAUUUGGUGAAGAAAUUCAAGAAGGCAUGAUUCCUGAAUUUUCAUUUUCACUUUUGAUUAACAUAUAUAAAUGUGAUUCAAAUAAAAUAUAUUAUUUUAUUUGCAACUUUUAUAUUUAUCAGUAAAAUAUCUAUAAGUAUCAUAAAA